GUUCAGGGGAGGGGAGGAGAGUGGGGGGGUUUCAGGAAGGAACGCUCACGGUCCUAAAUUGGAUACAAGUAACAAGGAGCCGACCAAUCAGAGCGGCCGCUUCACCUGGACUCGUCACCUGGUUUUUUUUUCCCAAUGAGACAGAAACUGCCUGUGGGGCAUUGAGAGGGAAGUUCAUAUAGAGACCAGAGAGAGAGAGAGAGACACACACACAUCUGGGCAGAGGCAACGACUGGGAAAGUUUAAGAAGAAGAAGAAGAAGACAUCCGCAAGGAAGGACCGAUUACCAAAUCUGCCCCACAAACUCUCCCUCUUCUCUCUCUCUCUCUCUCUCUCUCCCCCACACCACCACCACCACCACAUCCCAAUGAGCAGCUUUACUUUAUUGCACUUGGGUGUCCUUGUCCUCUUGGCUCAGGUUUUGAGCGGUGAGUGUGAGAAGCGAUGUCGCAGCGGCUUCAGCCAAAACCUCUACAGGUUCAAGGCAUCGAGUGGGCAACUGACCCCGGGACAGGUGGUGGGAAAAGUUCACUUUGUUGACUGCAAUGAGAGGGAGCUCGUGUUCCAUGCGGAUGAUUCCCAUUUCCAACUACGAUUUGAUGGAAGAGUUUAUGUUAAAAAUCUGUUAAAACUCCAUAGCCACAAAAAAUUUAUCAUUACUGCACGUGAUGGCGUUGGAAAAGAAUGGAAUGCUACUGUUAAGGUGCUAUUCCACAAAACGCAAAAGAAAAAAGAACCCACUGAUGAAUUGGAUAAACUGAUUUUAUGGGCACCCCAUCGGCCCAACAGCUUACUGAGACGGCAGAAGAGAGAGUGGGUCAUUCCUCCCAUCAAGCACUCAGAAAACGAACGGGGUCCCUUCCCCCAGAAACUCGUACAGAUUAAGUCCAAUAGAGAUAAGGAGACCACUAUAAUCUACAAACUCACUGGGCAAGGAGCUGAUCAACCACCUAUUGGAGUGUUUAGUAUUGACAAGUUCACUGGCUGGCUGUCUGCUCAUCAACCAUUGGACCGAGAACAAGUGGCUCAAUAUCGGCUCAUCCCUCAUGCAAUAGAUACAGCGACUGGAGAAGAGGCUGAAGAUCCAAUGGAACUAGUCAUUAACGUCAUUGACCAGAAUGAUAAUAAACCAGAGUUCACCGAUUCAACAUUCUAUGGCUCUGUAAUGGAAGGGGCCGCAUCAGGAACAUCAUUCAUGAAUGUAAGCGCUACAGACAAAGAUGAUCCAAAUUCUCUGAAUUCCUUAAUUGUGUACUCUAUUGUGGAGCAACAACCACCAAUUCCCAGGAACUUCAUGUUUGCAAUCAGCAAAAGCACAGGAUUAAUUAGUCUUAGUUUCCCUGAACUUGACAGAGAGAAAGUGGACAAAUACAUCCUUGUAAUUCAAGCAGCAGAUAUGGAAGGAGACGGUCUGCACACCACGGCCACAGCUAUAGUUACGGUUUUGGACCAAAACGAUAAUGCCCCUCAAUUUUUGGUCAAAACGAGUAAUGCUAUAGCUCCAGAAAAUACAGUGGAUUAUGAGGUGGUGAGGCUUAGUGUGGAUGACAACGAUCUGCCCCACACACCAGCCUGGAGAGCAAAGUACAGCAUAGUCGAUGGGAAUUCGGGCAAACAGUUCUCCAUGGAGACUGAUUUGGAGACCAAUGAAGGAAUUGUCAAGAUAGUCCAGCCCUUGGACUUUGAGAGGAAGAAGCAGCACGUGGUGGUCAUUCAAGUGGAGAAUGAGGAAAAACUGUUUUUCACCAGUCCAUUAUCUUCAGCCACAGUCACCAUUACAGUUAAAGAUGUGAAUGAAGCACCAGAAUUUGAUCCAGUGGAAAAGAAGGUGAAACAUCCUGAAAAUCUGCCCGUGGGAGCCACAGUGACCACAUACAAUGCAAGGGAUCCUGAUGUCGAACAAGACCAAACCAUAAGGUACCGAAUGGGCAGUAACCCUGGGAAUUGGUUAGCGAUUGACUCUGUGACGGGUGUCAUUACGGUAGAUAAUAACCUGGAUAGAGAGUCUGACUUUGUUCAGAACAGCAUAUACACUGCAACCAUCCUGGCCUCUGAUAAUGGAUCUCCAUCUGCCACUGGUACUGGGACUCUUCUUUUAGAGCUUGAAGACAUCAACGACAAUGGACCUGUUGUUGAUGCUCCAGUUUAUGAGUUGUGUAAUAAGAAUCCUGAACCAAUGAACGUAACCAUUAUAGACAAAGACAUCCCACCAAACACUUACCCGUACUACGUGGAGGCAGUUCACGGAGCUGAGAAAAACUGGACUGUUGAGAAAGUAGAUGAAAAUCAUCUGAUGAUAAGACUGAACAAAGAGCUUGAAGCUGGAUCAUAUGAGGUCUCCCUGAAAGUAACAGACAGUGGCCAUCCAUCGAUUUCCCAGGUCACAGGUUUGGCCGUGAAGGUGUGCAAUUGUAGAAGUGAUGGAACAUGUGAGCCUGGAUACAGAGCGGCUGUUAUUGGUUACCCGGUGAUCUUUGCUAUUCUGGGUUCUAUCCUGGCAUUGCUGCUCCUAGUGUUGCUUCUUCUACUGUUUCUAAAAAAGAGAAAGAGGACGCCAAAGGAGCCCCUCUUACUUGAAGAAGACAUUCGGGACAGUGUGUACCAUUAUGAUGAAGAGGGAGGUGGUGAGGAGGAUCAGGAUUUUGAUCUCAGUCAACUGCACAGGGGUCUAGAUGCCAAACAUGAAAUUGUUCGUAAUGAUGUGGUUCCAACGUUUAUGCCGGCUCCUCGAUAUCUGCCACGCCCAGCGAACCCUGAUGAAAUUGGCAACUUUAUUGAUGAGAAUCUGAAAGCUGCUGACACUGAUCCCACAGCCCCUCCCUACGACACCCUUCUGGUGUUUGAUCAUGAAGGCGAGGGGUCAGAGGCAGGAUCUUUAAGCACAAUAAACUCAGGCUCCAAUUCUGAUGAAGACCAGGACUUUGACUACGUGAAAGACUGGGGCGGACGCUUCAAGAAAAUUGCUGACAUGUAUGGUGGCGAAGAGGAAUGAAAUUGUGCCAUUUAACAUUAAUUUUAAGCGACCAUUUACCACUAAGAUGUGGAGGAAUUCAUGAAAGCAAUAUCAGAAUGAACUGCACAUUAAUGGGGACUGGAUACGUGGCACGAUUCAAAAAUAACUUCCAUCUGAUCUUGUAUUGGGGCUUGAACCCAAGUUACUAAAAUUUUGCUGAAUUACCAAUCAUUUUCAUAAGGCUGGGAUAGAUUCACUUCCUCUGUGUGUCUAUUUCUCUUGUCAAUGAUUCAUUUAAGUGCCUGAAUAAAUUGACUUCUAUUGCCGCAAGGAUUAAAACCCGAUUUGAAUUGUGUUCAACGCAGAAGCAAGUUAUACCAUUGAAUUGCUAUUUUGUAGUAUGUGCUUUUUUAUUUUGCAUAAAGGUGAUUGACAUGAAAAAAUGCUGCAUUAGGUUUGCAAAGCGAUUGAUUGCAUUUUAAAUCCUAAUUCAUCACAGAAUUGGUUCUAUGGUAUGUGUAUGGCCUUUUGUGACAUUGCCAAAAUUAAAUUAUGGUGUUUUGGGCCAAAGUUUGUUCCAGUUUGACAAUGCAUGCAUUCUCAGGAAAUAUUUUUAUUAAGGAAAAUUCCAGGGAAAAAUAGCCAAAGCUGUGUCAUUUUAAAAAGCAGAUUUAUUUUUAAACUUUCUUUGCAACUACUUCAUCAGAAAACUACAGAACACCAAAGUCGCUGAAUGCCAAUUACUUUAUAGAUACCAAUAGUUUGGACAAGACCUGAGAAACUUACGUUUUGUGCAAUGAGCUACCUAAACCAUUUAGAAAGCAUCAUGUACAGUAAGGUUUUGAACUCUGAUUUUCCCAAACCAAUAGUACUAAUCCAUAGUUUAUCAAUAUUUAUAAGAUCCACAGUUUCUCUACCAGUAGCACUGCAUUCAAUGGUAUCCAAUCUAUUUGGGACACCAUUUCAAUGGAUCCAAAAUUGUAGAUGUUCAGAUUUCUAAUUUGGGUCCAUAUGUAUUACUGUGCACCUCCUGGCGAGCUUAGGCACAUCCUCCUCCUCUUCUCUUUGGCCUUCCUGCUUUAAAAAUGCGUUGUCAGGACCUACAAGGAUUGUGUAAUGUAAUUUUAAGAAGUGGACUUUGUCCAUUAAGACAGAUAUUCCAUUUGCUCUACAGUUUUAAAAGCAACUCAACUCCUGUCAAGUUUUAAUUCAGAUAGUCACUUGUGCUAAUUCUUGAUGUCCAGGCAUCUUAUUUUUAAAAACCACGUUAUACGUGGCAGCUGAUAAAGUUAACCUUUCACUUAUCACUCCUAAUAAUGCUUAUUCUGGUUGUGAAAGAUGUUUUUUUAAAAAUCCUACUGAAGUUUUUUUUGUCGUUUUUAGAAAAACAUUCUGGAUUCAGUUUGUAUAUUUUCGUAUAGAGCGUGUUGUGAACUUUUAAUCAAAUAAAUAAAAAUAGCCGUGCAACAGAAAUCUAGGUAAAAGCAGACUGGUACGUAAUUUAUUCACUUAACUGGGAUCUGCGCUGUGAAAGCAUUCCAUUAGAAAUACUUAGCUCUCCGAAUAAUUUAGUUGAUAAAUUAAUGCUGUCUAAAUUGAUGGCUGCCUAGUGUGCAACUGAGGAAGAUAAACGGACAAAUCAGAAAAGUGUCAGGCCUGAUCUUUGAUUUGAACAUCUAUAGAUGCUUAUAAUUAGCUUCAGUGCCCUUGGGCAACAGAAGGGAAAAUCGACCUAAGUACCCACUCCUGAACAGUACUCUGAGUCCUGGUGUAAAAUAUGUGUAGGGUGAGCACUGACUUAGCUCUGAUGGCUCCCUCCCCCUCCUCUUCCUAUGGAUUGAAGAGCAUCCUAACGCUGUUUUAAAUUUAAAACUGUUUAUAUAGAGAAUAUUUCAUUUUUAACUCCCAAGACUGAGCUGUGUAUUAGUUCAAAAAAGCAGUGAUUCUGUCUGACAAAGUUUAUUCUGCUAUAUUACUCUAUUGCAGUUCAGUGUAAAUGGUUGUGCUAAUUUGUUAAUUGGUUAUUUGCUGACUACUGUGUGUAUUGUGAUUGAUGUUAAUUUGUUUCUGUUAUGGUGGAGGCAUUUUUUUAAAAAAACUUUUACGAAUUUGCUUUAUUUCUGAGAUCUCUGUUCUUGGACUAUAUUUACCAGAGCCAUAAUGUGCUUUAUACUUUAAGUGAGUGCCACUUCUAGAGGAUUCCUGUCCAUUUAAUCAUUUUUGUUUAACUUUUAUUAAAAAAAAUUCAAACUGA